UCAUCUGCUAUAUGUACAUCUGCACCGUGACAUUGCCACUGCAAGCAGGGAGGUUCCUCAUUUUCUCCCACUAAACGCAAAAUUUCUCUAGGCGACGACAUGGCCACGAACAAGAAGCAGCCCCACGCCGUGCUCGUGCCGUUCCCGGCGCAGGGGCACGUCACGCCGAUGAUGAAGCUGGCCAAGGUCCUGCACCGCAAGGGCUUCCACAUCACCUUCGUCAACACCGAGUACAACCAGCGCCGCCUCGUCCGCUCCCGCGUCCCCGGCGCCGUGGCCGGCCUCCCGGGCUUCCGCUUCGCCACCAUCCCAGACGGCAUACCCACGUCUGAUGUCGACGCCGACGCCGAUGCCCCGCAGGACCCGGUGUCCCUCUGUUACUACACGAUGACCACCUGCCUCCCCCACUUGAAGAACCUGCUCCGCGACCUCAACGGCGCGGUUGGGGCGCCGCGGGUGAGCUGCGUCGUGGGCGAUGGCGUCAUGAGCUUCUGCAUGGAUGCCGCCGCGGACCUCGGCGUGCCGUGCGCGCUGUUCUGGACUGCCAGCGCCUGCGGCUUCAUGGGCUACCGCAACUUCCGGUUCCUCCUAGACGAGGGCCUCACCCCUCUCAAAGAUGAGGACCAAGUGAAGAACGGGUACUUGGACACGCCGGUGGCACAGGCACACGGGAUGAGCAAGCACAUGCGUCUCCGAGACUUCUCAUCCUUCGUCCGCACGACGGACCGCAGCGACAUCCUGUUCAACUUCCUGCUGCACGAGGUCGAGCAGUCGGACCGCGCGACCGCCAUCGUCCUUAACACCAUUGACGAGCUCGAGCAGACGGCCCUCGACGCCAUGCGCGCCAUCCUCCCCCUGCCCGUCUACACCAUCGGCCCGCUUAACUCACUCACCGAGCAGCUGGUCUCACAGGAAGGCGAUCUCGCCGGGAUACGCUCCAGCCUCUGGAGAGAAGACCAGUCAUGUCUCAAGUGGCUCCAGGGCAGGGAGCCCCGCUCCGUGGUGUAUGUCAACUACGGGAGCGUAACCACCAUGUCCAAGCAGGAGCUGGUGGAGUUCGCUUGGGGGCUUGCCAACUGUGGCUACGACUUCCUGUGGAUCGUGAGGAACGACCUGGUGAAGGGCGAUGCCGCGGUGCUGCCUCCCGAGUUCCUCGAGGCCACCAAGGGCAGGUGCCUCCUAGCGAGCUGGUGCGAGCAGGAGGCGGUGAUGCACCACGAGGCGGUGGGCGCCUUCCUGACGCACUGUGGGUGGAACUCGAUGAUGGAGGGGCUCAGCGCCGGGGUGCCCAUGCUAUGUUGGCCUUUCUUCGCCGAGCAGCAGACCAACUGCCGAUACGCGUGCAUGGAGUGGGGCGUCGGGGUGGAGGUCGGCGACGACGUCCGCCGGGAGGCGGUCGAGGCGAGGAUAAGGGAGGUGAUGGGAGGAGAAGUAGGGAGGGAGAUGAGGAGGAGGGCGGCAGAGUGGAAGGAGGUCGCUUCUCGCUCAACCGCGCAACCUGGUGGCAGGUCGUUGGCCAACCUUGAGAGUCUGCUCAAGGAUGUACUGAAGUGACCGCCAAUAACAAAUAAUUAAGGUGGGUAUAUAGUCACUCCUUGCAAAACUAUAGUGGAUAUAAUUUUUUACAAAGUCAAACAUUGUAAACUUUGACUAGUUUAUUGAAAACUUAACUACAUUUACCAAUUAGCCUUCUACCAUUUACCCGCUAAACUUUGGAAGCUGUCUUUCAAGUUAACAAAUAUACGUAUUGAAAAGCUAACAAAUAUAGGUCGAUAAAAGCAGAAAUUUGUGUGCGGCGGGUGCAGGCAAUAUGGUAGUCUAUAUGGAUUUCUUGGCUAGAAAAGCCAACAAAUAUAUGUAUUGGUGGAAUCUAGAGAAAGCGGACAAGAUUAUAUACUAA